UUUUUUAGUACGGAGUCCUGAAGAUCACAUAGUGGUUCAUUUUUAAUAACAAGUGGCCACAAAUUACUAUAUUGAGGUCACAAGUUUUGAGAAACCUAACUCAGUGUGUUAAAUCGUGUCCUCAACUUAGUAAUUAGUGGCCUCAGUAUAUUAAUUCCUGACCAUGUCACCUUAAGGGCUCCGUCGUUGAGCAUUAUAUGGGGCCCGCCUUGUUAUCGCUGCCUUCCUUUAAAGCUACGUGUAUUUUCAGUGGUCAGUCUGGACUGUUUAACCCUAAAAAUAGCAGUUUUCAGUCAUGCAAGUCAUUAUCUAGUGGUACUGAUAAUCCUGAGUAAUGCUAAGUCUUAAACUCGGACCCACUGCGUUGAGACAUGUGGAAGCAAAGUCGUACGUUUAGGCUCUUCUUUAGAGGCUGAAGUCGAUGCUUCGGCACGGUGGUGUCUGUUUAUCUGUUUAUCGUCAAACACUGAAUAUCGAAAGGGUUUUAAGGGUCGCUGACAGUCCGUAUCGCUUCAUGAGCGGCUCACAUGUUGACGCAGGUCUUUUUUUUCCCCCUCGUCUAUACUUUCGGUUUCGAAUCCGAGUGGCUGCCAUUCCUACUCGCUCACUCACUCGCUCACUCUCUCGCUCGCUCACUCACCCACUCACUCACUCACUCACGAGCGCUGCGUAACGCGUCAGGAACGCCAGUGUGACAGUGUGGCUUUUUCAGCCAAACACGGAUCUGGACGCCACGUAUUUCUUCUCCUUAAAGGGAGACUCCACCAGAAUUCAAUGGCUAAGAUGCAAACAAAGUCGCUCAGAGUGGUUUAGGAAUCCUCAGCACGACGUCUGACACGUUGUUUUAUGGGAACCGCAAGAUGUGCUAGUCUCCUCUGGUGCUUUGACAGUAACCUGGAGAACCAUUUGAACAUCGAGGUUUGGAAUUCUUUCUUAAUUCUGAGCUGUGUAUUUUUGACUACUGUGGAUGCUCACGCUGACAGCAGCUUGGAAGAAGUCCUGGAUAUGCUGAAAAAAAUGAAACAGAUAAUUGAAAAUUCGGAUGCCCUAUUAUACACUCCACGUGCAGAUAUAGAUAAAUGCACUUCUACAUCAAUGUACUGCUACCUGCUGGAGUUGGAUGUUAUUUUAAGAGAGGAGAGUGGCUCAGCAUACGACAAUGAAAUCAAUAUGGUAUACAAUCUUAAGAAAAAAUACUACAGUUGCUCUCAAAGCCACUGUCCAGCAUGUGAAACCCAUCCAGUAGCCAACGCCACAGUGUUCACGAAAAGGAUGGAGGAGUUUAUUCAGAAACUGUCAAGUCGUAACUCUCACAAAGACUGUGAUUAGCACACUAAUCUUGAUGUAAAUAUCCUCCUUGUCCUUUUAUCAUGUAUUCAAAAAGACUAUAAAUGUAUUAAUGUUUAUUGUAUUUAUGAACAUAACAGCCAUAUUGUACACUUAUUUCUUGCCUCAGGUCAAAUGUGUUAAUUUGCUCCACUUUCUAGUUUUAACAAAUUAUUUUUUUAUAUCUAUUUUUAUAAUAUGGGGGCUCUUUUCUGUAAGCAUUCCAUACAGUUGAAUGUAGGGCAAAUAUGUAGCCGUGAUGAAUAGUAGACAAUACCGAUUCUGCCACUUCUGAACUGCCUUGUCUUGGACUGAAAAGGGCUCACUGGAGCGUUAGACAGUGUUUAUUCCAAAGGCAGGCUUAGGCUUUGUUAAGGAAGACACUCCUAAUUUUAUCUGUAUGUGAAGCUAGGGGACGAUGGUGCUGGAAUAAGGUUUAAUGUAUCUUUGUAUGUGAUGCUGUUUGUUGUAUUGUAGCAUUCUGGCCUAUAAAGUACUUUUUAUGUCCCUGAAUACAAACAUAUAAAUGUAUAUAUUAUAUAUAUAAGUUUAUAUAUACUACCUAUAAUGAAAACAGAAAAGAUACUGAAUCUAUAGGUUAAGCUGAAUAUUUAAACAGCACUGUGUUUUUGGUGUCAUGUAUCUACAUUUUCACGAAGGGAAUGAGCUCGCUUUGUAUAGAGCUUAGCUAAUACUGCAUUAUAAGCUUAUUCUCUCGUGUGUAACCUGAUGUAACCCUUCUAUAUUGCCUUUACUGUAUCAAUAAACAUGGUGAACCUUC